GCCGGGGAUAACUGCGAAUGUCGCGAUCUCGGCCGAUGAAUCAUCUCCAAAUUCCCCAUCCAUUGUUUCUGUGCCCCUCUUCUACCGGACCUUCUCUUCUCCCUUCUUGCUCUUCCCUAUGCUCUCGCGGUAUCGCUAUUCUACUGCGGUUGUCGCCAAAUCCUUGAAUUCCUUGAGCCCCGUUCCCCUCCAACCCAGCUCUAGGAUUACACCCCGCUUUUCGCGUUUGCGCGUCGGAGUUCGAGCGAUGUCGGCCACCGCAGCUCGUGCAGACCCUUUCAAGCCUGCGGCAAGAGUCGCGGGCCAGCGACAGGAUGUUUGGUCCAUCGUCAAUGAGGCCGCUGCCGCCUCCCCGGUCCAGCCUAUCGUGAACAUGGGCCAGGGUUUCUUUGGCUACAACCCGCCAAAAUUUGCCCUCGAUGCCGCAAAGGCCGCCCUUGACCGAGUCGACUGCAACCAAUACUCUCCGACAAAGGGUCGCCCGCGCCUCAAGAAGGCUCUCGCCGACGCAUACUCUUCUUCCUUUGGUCGGCAGCUGAACCCCGAUACUGAGGUCACAAUCACUACCGGCGCAAACGAGGGAAUGUUGAGCGCUUUCAUGGGAUUCAUUGAACAAGGAGACGAGGUCAUUAUUUUUGAGCCAUUCUUCGACCAGUACAUCAGCAACAUCGAGAUGCCUGGCGGCACGAUUCGAUACGUCCCACUGCAUCCCCCGAAGGAUGGAGCUACUCGGACCUCCCCUGCAUCCGAAUGGACCAUCGAUUUUGAUGAAUUAGAAAAAACCAUCAACUCGAAGACCAAGAUGAUUGUCCUGAACUCCCCACACAACCCUGUCGGCAAGGUCUUCUCGCGCGAAGAACUCGAACGCAUCGGCGACCUCGCUGUGAAGCACAACCUCAUCAUCCUCUCUGACGAAGUCUACGACCGCCUCUACUAUGUCCCCUUUACUCGAAUUGCGACCAUCAAGCCAGAGUUCUAUGAGCGAACACUUACAGUCGGCUCCGCCGGAAAAGCCUUCUACGCUACUGGCUGGCGUGUCGGCUACCUUAUUGGACCCGAGCAUUUGAUCAAAUACGUCGCCGGUGCACACACUCGCAUCUGCUACAGCAGUGUCUCUCCCCUCCAAGAGGCAGCAGCUGUUGCCUUUGAGGAAGCUGACAAGCAAGGAUUCUGGGACGAGAGCCGAACGGAAAUGAAGGGCAAGAUGGAGCGGUUCUGCAAAGUGUUUGACGAGCUCAACAUUCCUUACUCUGACCCCGAGGGCGGUUACUUCGUCCUCGCAAACAUGGCCUCUGUCAAACUGCCCGAGGACUACCCCUUCCCUCCACACGUCGCCAGCCGCCCGCGCGACUUUAAGCUCUGCUGGUUCCUGAUCCACGAAGUCGGUGUGGCUGCCAUUCCCCCGACCGAGUUUUACACUGAUGGAAACGCUCACAUCGCGGAGGAUUACCUCCGUUUCGCCGUCUGCAAGGAGGACGAGGUUUUGGAGACUGCCAAGGAGCGGCUUCGCGGCCUGAAGAAGUAUAUUGUGCGAUAAAUGGUGUUUAUGACUCUAGAAGGUCGGGGCGUGCUAUAUAUCAAAUUGAAGAAAUAGACGACUUUUUAUUUAGUUGGUUCGAGACGAGUGGAUCUAAAUUUAGCUGGAUAGACUUUUUUUUCCAUUUCCCAGUUCGCUGUUAUGUCCGUUAAUCUUCUUACCAACAUACCUGGUAUGUACUUGUCGUCCUUCCAAACCCACUAAAUGCAUGUACAGAUCCGCUUCGGCUAUUUUCCAGCACCCCAAUUUCGGCGAAACAUAUUUACACUCAUACACAAGAAGAAAGAAAUAAAAGAAAAUGAAAGAAAUCAAGCAUUGAACCCC